AUGGACGACGAUAUCAAUGUCAGUGCGGAGGACCUCCAACACCUGAGCAAUGCCGAGAAGCAGCAGCUUCAGACUUUCAUCCAGACUGAAAGCCAACGAUCAAGUAUCCAGAAAACUGUUCACGAAUUGACUGAAAUGUGCUUCAAGAAGUGUAUCACCGGCUCAAUAUCUUCCGGCAAACUUGCCAGCAAAGAGGAGUCUUGUAUGUCGAACUGUGUCAACAGGUUUAUGGACUCCAACCUUGCAGUGUUACAGCACCUGGAAAAGCUACGGGCACAGCAAUGA